CAGCAACAGUUGGACAUGGAGCCCGGAUCGUUUAAAGAGCCUGACACGGGCGAAGUCCUGCCCCAGCACAGGCUUGAUCAGAGGUCCCUGGAAGACUAUCUGAGCCGGCACUUGCCCGGCUUUGAAGCAGAGCCCACUGCGGUCCUGAAGGUCGCCCAGUACAGAUCAGGACAAUCCAAUCCAACCUUUUAUCUUCAGAAGGGAUGUCGAACUUAUGUACUCAGGAAAAAACCACCUGGCUCUCUCCUUCCAAAAGCACAUGAGAUUGACAGAGAAUUCCGGGUGCAGAAAGCCUUGUUUUCUAAUGGAUUUCCGGUCCCUAAGCCUUUACUGUACUGCAAGGAUGUUUCUGUGAUUGGAACCGAAUUUUAUGUGAUGGAACAUGUACAGGGUCGCAUCUUUCGUGAUUUCUCUCUUUCUGAAAUUAGCCCAGCAGAACGAGCAGCCUUAUAUGUGGCUACAGUAGAAACCCUGGCCCGGUUGCAUUCACUGAACAUACAGACCUUGGGUCUGGAAGGAUAUGGUAAAGGGGAAGGCUACUGCAAGAGACAGGUAUUAACAUGGACAAAGCAGUAUCAGGCCGCUGCUCAUCAGACCAUUCCUGCUAUGAACCAACUCUCUGACUGGUUAAUGCAGAACUUACCAGAUCAGGACCAAGAGCAAAAUUUGAUUCAUGGGGACUUUAAAAUAGAUAACUUGAUUUUCCAUCCAAGAGAGGCUCGUGUAAUAGCAGUUCUGGACUGGGAGCUUUCAACCAUCGGACACCCUUUAUCAGACUUAGCAUACCUUUCCUCCUUCUUCUUUUGGCCUAGGAACAUUCCAGUGUUAAAUAAAAGUAAUAACUUGCAACUUACUGCAGGGAUACCAUCCGUAGAAGAACUGGCUUUAAUUUAUUGUCGUUACAGAGGAAUUAGCCCUACACUUCCUAACUGGAACUUCUUUCUUGCUCUUUCAUAUUUCAAAUUAGCUGGAAUAAUGCAGGGAGUAUAUGCUAGAUAUCUCCUUGGAAAUUCUGCAUCUGAAACAAGUUAUCUGUUUGCUGAUGUUGUCAAACCCCUAGCAGAGCUUGGCCUACAAUUCACCAAAAGAACGCUGAGUGCUACAGUUUCACGGACUGAUUCUACAGGAAGAUUAUUCCUCCAGACUAGGACAGGCCAAGAAGUUCUUCUGAGAGUAAAACAUUUUAUGCAGCAAUAUGUACUGCCAGCAGAAAAGGAGGUAAUAGAGUUCUAUAUUCACAAUGAAAAUUCACUGGACAAGUGGAAGAGACCUGUAGUGAUUGAAAAACUUCAGGAAAUGGCCAAAGUUGAGGGACUCUGGAACCUCUUUUUGCCACCUGUCAGUGGCCUUAGCCAGGUGGAUUAUGCAUUGAUUGCUGAAGAAACAGGAAAAUGCUUUUUUGCUCCAGAUAUUUUCAACUGCCAAGCACCAGACACAGGAAAUAUGGAGGUACUUCAUUUAUAUGGAAAUGAAGAACAGAAGAAACAGUGGCUUGAACCUCUUCUUCAAGGAAGAAUUAAAUCUUGCUUCUGCAUGACAGAGCCCAAUGUUGCCUCCAGUGAUGCUACUAAUAUUGAAUGUACCAUUGAACGAGAUGGUAAUAACUAUGUCAUCAAUGGCAAGAAAUGGUGGAGCAGUGGAGCUGGGAAUCCAGAUUGUAAGAUUGCAAUUGUCUUGGGUAGAAGUAAGAGUUCUUCCGCACCCAGACACAAACAACACAGCAUGAUCCUGGUUCCAAUCAAUACACCAGGAGUGGAAUUGGUAAGGCCACUGUCAGUCUUUGGAUAUUUAGAUCAUUUCCACGGAGGACAUUUUGAGAUACAUUUUAAUAAAGUUCGAGUACCUGUUUCCAAUAUAAUACUAGGCGAAGGAAGGGGAUUCGAGAUUGCCCAAGGCCGCCUUGGACCAGGCCGCAUCCACCACUGCAUGCGAUCAGUAGGUCUGGCUGAAAGAGCCUUACAGAUCAUGUGUGAGCGUGCAGUCCAGAGAGUGGCCUUUCAGAAGAAAUUAUAUGCACAUGAGGCAGUGGCCCAUGGGAUAGCUGAGAGCCGCAUCGCCAUUGAGGAGGUGCGCCUGCUGACCCUGAAAGCGGCCCACAGCAUGGACACAGUGGGCAGUGCCCGAGCCAGGAAGGAGAUCGCCAUGAUCAAGGUGGCCGCCCCCCGCGUGGUCUGCAAAAUCGUGGACCGGGCCAUUCAAGUGUGCGGUGGAGCCGGGGUCUCCCAGGACUUUCCUUUGGCCAGAAUGUACGCCAUGAUCCGAACCCUACGGAUAGCGGAUGGGCCCGAUGAAGUCCAUCUCUCGGCCAUCGCCAAAAUGGAGCUGCAGGAGCAAGUGGGCAAGCUGGCAGCCAGGAUGUAGCUCCGCCCCGCGCCGUGGGGGCGUGGCUCCCCCCCCCCCCCCCCCCCGACCGAGGCACCACGUGCCCAAACUACCAAAAGCGCAGGAAAUCGGUCAUCCGGGCCUACGUUUGAUUCCGAUUCCAUUGGUUGGAUGAGUUUUCCUGUGGAGGAUGGAACCCCCGCGCCCAAUUCAGGGCCGUCAGCUCCCCAGAUAGGCCCUUAGCUGCAAAGAAGCCGAAAGCGGAGGGAGAGGGUAGGGGAGCUGGCGGCCCCAGCCGAGGCUGUGAACGCGUUUGUGCUUCUCUGUUCUGGUGGUUGGGUCUCGCCUGACGGAUCACCCCGUAAUCCUGUAUGUCUGACUUCAUGCGUUUAAGGCAGUUUCUGAGAAGGUCCUUUAAAUUCCCGGCCAGUAAAUCCUGAGAAUCCUGCCGGGUGUGUAGCCCGGUGCAGGCCGGGGAUUCGGGGACCAAAAGAAAACUGAUCUUGGCUUUGAGGAAUUUACAUUCUACUUUUACCCAGUGGCAGAGAGGCUGUUUAGGGGCUGACUUGCCACAUGCUAUUUUAGAAUCUUUUCUAUUACAUUUUAGUGCAUUGAAGUUCUAAACGUUUCUGAUCUCUGUGAAUCAAACACUAAAUGUUGCACAGAAACAAUCCAGAACAACUUUAUCUCUAGGCUUGCAGACAGCCUGGGAUGGGGGAAAUGGGGGUGGAGGGGUGCGGGAGGGGGAGGGGGGGCAUCACACUGUCUCUAAAAGGUUCGCCAUCACUGACCAGGGAGACCAUUAUGGAGUCUUGUCUCCAGGCCUGUGUAGCCUUCCUGUGUCCCUCAGUAAUGGGCUUCCUGUCCCAGGGAGAGGAGCCUUUCUGAGAUGCUCCCUCACCUGCCUUGAGAUUUUAGAGGUUCUGAAGAUUGUUCUCAGGGAGAGCGUUAGCCACACCUCUCCCAGAUGCCAGAUUGCUGUUGAAAAAUCAAGUCUUGGUUGUUUAGAAUCUGUGUAUGUUGCUAAAUAAGCUACUGUGAAUUAUACUAAAAUGUCAAAUAAAAAAAACUUUUUCAGUUCUAA